CCCUAAUGGUACAGGCUCACACGCACCUCCCUGGCCCCAUGCCCUGCCCAGACCUGUUCUAGAUUCCACACCACCCUUCCCCAAGGCUUCUUCCACCUCCCAGGAGCCAAGCCCAGGCGAGGACUGAGGCUCAGCUGGAGGCUGGCAACUAGGAGGGCUGGGGCAGGCACGGUGCGGCCAUGGAAACCACAGCAGGACCUGUGAUCUACCAGAAGCUGCUGCUCUGGGAGCCGAACUUGGAGUCUGAGGAGGAAGGAGAGGAGACAUCAGAGCCGCUGAUUCCAGACCCCUGGAGGCCUCAGGAAUCCCCCCGGAACGAGGUUGGUGGCCUGCCUGGCACCUGGGCCCGAUUAGUCAGCGCCCUGCUGCUGCUGGCUGUUGGUUUCUCUCUGGCUGCAAGGCAACUCCACGCUGGGGGUGGCGCUACAGGAACCUCAGACUCAGUGGUGCCUCCACCCAGCGGGCACUCCCACCACCCAGGCGUAUACCACCACGGUGCCAUCAUCAGCCCUGCAGCCACCUGCUCCCACCUGGGCCAAGAGCUGCUUGUUGCCGGGGGCAAUGUCGUGGAUGCGGGAGUUGGAGCAGCGUUGUGUCUGGCCGUGGUGCAUCCUCACGCCACAGGGCUAGGUGCCAUGUUCUGGGGCCUCUUCUACAACAGCUCUUCAGGCAAUUCAACCGCCCUGACAUCAGGCCCAGUGCAGACCCUGGCUCCUGGCCUGGGGCUGCCCUCAGCUCUGCCUACCCUGCACUUGCUGCACACACGCUUUGGCCGCCUGCCCUGGCCUCGCCUGCUGGUGGGCCCCACCACCCUGGCUCAAGAGGGCUUCCUGGUGGACACACCCCUGGCCAGGGCUCUGGCAGCUGAGGGCACAAAGGGCCUCUGUCCACUACUUUGUCACACUGAUGGGACCCCCCUGGGCCCAAGGGCCCGAGCCACCAACCCCAAACUGGCAGCCGUGCUGAACAGGUCAGCAGUUGACCUGCCCCUGGCCCCUGCUGGGGACGCCCUACUGAGGCUACUGGCCAGAGAGCUGGGGCUGGAGGGACCCUCAGCUGGUCCCAUGCCCACCCUGGAACCAGCACUACAACUGCCUGUGGCCCAGGGCAUGCUGCUCACCACCCCCAGCCCCUCAGCGGGCCCACAGCUGCUGGCCCUGCUGCAGGCAGCCCUCAACUCCGAAGGACCCAGUCCUGACCCCUGCCCACCGCUCCCACAAGCUACUGAGACCCCUGUGAGCAGUGUCCUGGCCACUGUGGACAGCAGUGGCUCUGUGCUUCUUCUCACCUCCUCGCUCAAUGGCUCCUUUGGCUCUGGACACUUGUCCCCAAGCACCGGUGUUCUACUCAGCAACCUGGUGGCCAACUCUGCACCUAGUCCCUGGGCCUGCCCCCUCAUCCUUCAUGGCAGCCCAGAUGACACAGAGGCCGGUGUUUUGGGGCUGGUGGCUUCAGGAACCCCCACAGUAGCCAGUGUCAUGACGCACACCCUGCUCAGCCACCUGGCCAAGCCCCAGAUGCAGGACCAGCGAGGACCAACAGAAAGCCCCAGCAUUUGUGGCCAAGGGACCCUGCUCCAGGUGGCAGCCCACGCAGAGCAUGCCCAUGUCUACAGUGUCCCCAAUGGCUGCUGCCCCUUUCAGGGGUUCUAAGUGGGGAGCAGUGUCGGUUGGGGGGAAGGAGGAGCAGGUCUCAAGUCUAGAGGCAGGGGCAGAGCAGGCCCAGCAGCAAUGCAGGACAUAAAGAGUAAAUCAAUUAUGUGCUCACUGCUGGCUCAGGCCCUUAACCUCUGGCCUGGUCAGCUACCUGGACUCAAAUUCUGGCUCUCAUUUCAGCUGAGGAUAAUGAGGGAAGAGCACUGGGGCCUGGGGCCAGCCCUGAGUUCAGAUCCAGCUCUGGGAAGGACAGGGGGUAGCAUGUCAAGCCCCUGCCUGGGCUCUGGGCCCCACGGGUAGGGCAGGCAGAGCCUGGGGUACCACCACCAUCUCCAUUCUCCCCUUCAGGAUGCCCUCUGCUGCUCUCUCUCAACUGGGCUGGAAACAAAAUAAAGAUCUAGUCUCCUGGGUUCCAUGUGCCAUUCCUGCUGCUCGGCUAGUUUCCCAUCAGCCUUUGAGGUGCCUGGUGUUAGGGCUUCCCCAGUAGGCAGCACAGGAGACCCACACCCAGACAGGCAGAGCCAGGCUGGUGUCUCUCCGCAGCCCCUUGCUGUGUUCACUUUUGCCUCCCUGGGCACCAUAUGUACAAGGCAAACAUCUUAAUCCCACUUUCUAAAACAGACAGCAGAGCAAGGAAGGGGUUGAGAGGGUGAGUAGGAAGCAUCCCAGGGGGCUGGGUACACAGGGGCCCAGAACUGGGGGUGUGGAAUUUAAAGACCAGGGUUGGCCCUGACCUCCUGAGAACUGGGGUCUCUCUGGAUUAUAAGAGCUUCUCAAGUCAAGAUGCAGGGCAGCCAGGAGCACCCCCUCCCCAGCCCAUUGUAAAAGCCAUCUCUGAUUUGAUAGAACUUUGAUCCCAGCACCUCCACUCCCACCCCCAACCCCCUGCAAAGAAAAUUUUUCCACAGCUCGGUAAAUGAAACCACAAUCUAGCCAGUUAUUUAACCCCAGACCUCGUAUCCCUCCCUCUUUUCCUCUCCCCUGACAUCCAUCACCCCCUACCAGGUCCUAUUAGCCAAAUCUGACCUGCUGUCAUAUUACCUCGGUCCAGUCCACCAUGGUCUCUGUUCCCCCUUCUACCUAUGCACUCCUGAAGUCCAUUCCCCACACAGCAUCAGAAUAAACUUUUAAAAAUGUAAAUAAGAUCAAGGUUUGCCCAGCAUAAAACCCUUCAAUGACUUCCCAUCACACUCAGAAUGAAAUCU